AUGGCGGGUGGCUCAGGGAGGAUCGCCAGGUAUCUGGUGGUUGCGUUGGUCUGCCUCGCCAUCUUCUAUUUUGUUUCUACCUCCUCGUUAUCUUCCUAUGCGCAGCCUCUCGCUGAGCAAGCUGCUGAGAAAUUCUCCUGGGAAAAACCGAAUUCAGACAGUUCGAAAGCCGAGUACGAUGCGAUCGCCGAUGCCUUCCACUCUGACGCAUCCGAUGGUACCAGCAGUGUACAAGACACCAAACCUCUAGCAUCCUUGACUCCUAAUAUCACCCCUCUCACUCCCUCGGAGCUAUCUCCGCCGGCCCCCGGCGAGCGUGUCAACGCAACCUUCGUCACGCUCGCAAGGAAUUCAGACAUUUGGGAAAUUGCUCGCUCAAUCAGACAAGUCGAAGACAGGUUCAACAGGAACUACAACUACGACUGGGUGUUCCUGAACGACAAGCCGUUCGAUGACACUUUCAAGAAAGUCACCACUUCCUUGGUGUCGGGGAAAACACACUACGGAGAGAUUCCCGUCGAGCACUGGUCGUUCCCAUCCUGGAUCGACCAGAAGAAAGCCGAAGCUGUCAGAGAGGACAUGCGCCGGAGAAAGAUCAUCUACGGGGACUCCGUCAGCUACCGACACAUGUGCAGAUUCGAAUCUGGUUUUUUCUUCCGUCACCCACUGCUCCAUCAAUUCGAGUAUUAUUGGAGAGUUGAGCCAAGCGUCGAGCUUUUCUGCGACGUACACUAUGAUCCAUUCCGCUACAUGAAGGACAACAAGAAGAAGUACAGCUUUGUUCUGAGUUUGUACGAAUAUGUCGAGACUAUUCCGACCCUAUGGGACAGCACCAAGAAGUUUAUCAAGGCUCAUCCCGAGCACAUUGCAAAGGACAACUCUAUGGGGUUUCUCAGUGACGAUGGUGGUGAGACAUACAACAAAUGUCAUUUCUGGUCCAACUUUGAAAUCGGCAACCUUGACUGGCUCCGAUCAAAACCUUACAUCGAUUUCUUCGAGUCUCUCGACAAGGAUGGUGGAUUCUUCUACGAGAGAUGGGGUGAUGCUCCGGUGCAUUCGAUCGCGGCUAGUCUCCUUCUCAACAAGGACGAGAUCCAUUUCUUCAACGACAUCGCAUAUUACCACAUUCCUUUUACACAUUGUCCAACUGGGGAAGAUCUCCGCCUCAAGCUCCGUUGCCACUGCAACCCUGGCGACAACUUUGACUGGAAGGGGUAUUCGUGUACCUCCCGGUUUUUCGAAUUGAACAAAUUGGAAAAACCAGUGGGCUGGAUGGAUCAAGUCUGA